AUGUCCGAUAACACACUAAAAAUUUGGAUGCAAUAAUUAAAUGAUCUUUUAGGACAUUUAACCGAAAAAAUACAAAAUUGUUUUGAUUAAUGCGCAUAAUAAUAAUAAUAUAAAAAAGAAGAAACAAAAAUAAAUGAUUGGAUUAAAUAUUUGCCAUAGGAUUAACUCACUUAUGAUAAUCAAGAUGUUUAUGUAAUGAAACACAUAAAUGAUAAAUUCAUUUUAAAAUAAUUUGUUUUCUAAAAAAGAUAUGAAGAAUAAAUAUAUGAAGUUAAAUUAUUUGAUAGUUUUUCAGAAGCAGAAAUACAGCAAGGAUAAUAUGAAAAUUCAAUUUUUGAAUUCUAAAUAAUCGAUAAUAAUGCUCUUCUAUUAAGUAUAUAAUUUAAUGUAGUAAAUAGUUAAACAAUCAUACAAAUCAAAUACUAACAAAUCUGAAAAAUAAAAUGCUCUCAUUAUUAAAGAAAUUUAUACAGGAUUUAUUUAGGAUAACAUUUUAUGGCUUUCCCUAAUAAAAAAUGUUAGUCUAUGUUAAUAAGCAGCCUUUCAUCCCUUAAAUCCAAAUUAUUUAGUAGUUUUACAAACAUCUUAAGAGUGGAAUAGAUAACACACUUUUUAAAAGUAUUAUAAUUUUAUCAUAAUUUAGAGAAUAAUAUUUUAUGGUGUUUUAAAUAAAAAAUCCUAGAUAACCAAUUGUGAGAAUCAAUCUUAAUUAGGCUAUGAAUGGAAAUGCUUUGGCUUUCUCUUUUUCUUAAAGUGAAGAUCAAAAUUAAUUCCUCAUUUACUUUAUAAAUAAUUUAGGACUAAUAUUUUAUUAUGAAUUGAUACUUCAUGAUAUGGUUUUUAAAUUGUAGACUAAAAUGUAUCUGCAGGCUUCUAAAUAGGAAUUAGUUUAGUUUGUCAAAGAAAGACCUGAUAAGGAUUUUAAAAUUAAUUAUGAUGUUACUAAAUAAGAUGAAUAUUAAAGAGGAAAUAUCAAAUUCUAAUCAUUUGAAAACUCCAAUUAUUAAUUUCCAAAAAGUAAUAAUUAUCUUUUAUUUUAAAAAAUGGCUAUUGCUGAAUAUCAUUUAUUCUUUAUAAUUGCUAAAUAAACAAACCAAGAUCUUAUUGUACAAGUACUUAUUGCAAAAGAUUUAUAAAAACUCUAUGAAAUUUAUUAAGAUGAAGUUAAAUUCUAAAAAUAAGUUGACAAUGACCUCUUAAUAUCAAAUAUAUAUAAGAAUUAAUAACCUAAAAUUAUAUAUUCAAGUGAUAAUGUGACUCAUGUAGUUCAAAAUUAAUUAGAUUUUCCAAACAGAUAUCAACUCCUUAUAUUGUAUCAUAAUUCAUUAAUAUCUAUUGAUUAUUCAAAUGUAGUUUAAUAUAAAUAAGAUUAAUCUCCUAUAAAUGUUACUUGUAUUGACUUAAUACCAUUUGCAAAUGAAUAUUAAGAUUAAUCUAAUUAAGAACCUUUCAUUCUUUAAGUAUUAUGUUUAGAUCUCUACAAAUCUAAAUAAUUACUUCUAAGAAUGACUAAUAGAACCUAAAAAUAAACUUUCCAACUUUUACCUUAAAAAUUAUUAUUAAGUAUAACAGAAUAAAAUUAAGAAAUUAAUAAAUUGGCUUUCGAUUUUUUUAAUGAAUAGAAUGUUUAUUUGAUGAAUAAAAAAGCAUUAUAAGAUUUCAAGAAAUAUCUUGAGUUUAUUAACUCAUAGAAACUACCAUAAUGUAAAACAGAAGAAGAAAUAAUCUCUAUAAAUGAGGAAUUAGCUAAUAAAUUUCAUUAAUCAAUUAAAGGAGUUGCAAUUAAGAUUAAAUUAGAGGCUGAAAAUGUAACUAAAUUAUAAAAUAUUUUAGAUGCAUAAUGAUAUAGAAGUGAAACUUUAAGGAAAUUUAAGUUAAUAGGAGACAAUAAAUAUUUCACUUCAAAAAAAAAUUUCAGAGAAAAACGAAAAAAUAAAUUCUUUACUAGAAUAGUUGCAAUCUAUACCAGCAUCAGCAAUAAGACAAUAAUUAAUAAAUUAACAAAAACAGUAAGAUCUAGAUUCUUUUAAAAUCUAAUUUGAUAAUAUUCAAGAACAAUUUAAACAAAAUAAAUAAUAAUUGGAAGAAUAGAUAUCAUUGAGUAAUCGAACAAAAUAAGAUAUAGAGGCUAUUUAAUCAAAUCUAAUUUAGCAAAUAUUAUAAAAAAAAGAAUGA